AUGGGAACGCCGGAGACAUCUCGAGAGCCAUGCCCUGACCGUAUUCUCGAUGACAUCGGCGGUGCGUUUGGAAUGGGAGCUGUAGGAGGAUCCGCUUUCCAUUUCUUAAAAGGCACAUACAACUCCCCGAAAGGAAGCCGUUACGCCGGAGGAACACAGGCGGUGAGCAUGAACGCUCCUCGUAUCGGAGGUAGUUUCGCUGUUUGGGGAGGAUUGUUCUCAACGUUCGACUGCACCAUGGUGUACGUCAGGCAGAAGGAGGAUCCAUGGAACUCCAUCAUCGCAGGCGCUGCAACCGGAGGGUUCUUGGCGAUGCGACAGGGACCUACCGCAGCUGCAAGAUCAGCUGCUUUUGGUGGGAUUUUGCUUGCUUUGAUUGAAGGAGCUGGGAUCAUGCUCAACAAGUUGAUGGCUCAGCCUCAUAAUAUGCCUAUGGAGGAGGGUAUGCCUGGGAUGCCCCCGGGGAUGCAGGGAAUGCCUGGAUUGCCCCAAGGGAUGCAGGGGAUGCAGAUGGGGCAGAUGCAGAAUCAAGGUCAGAUGAUGCAACAGAGCCAGAAUGCUGAUUCUUCGUCAUCAUCGUCAUCGUCAUGGUUGGGAGGGCUGUUUGGUAAGAAGAGCGAGGAGGUGCAAAAGAGCAGUGGGAGUAAAACAGAGGUGUUGGAGAGUUUUGAUGCGCCUCCGGUGCCAUCAUUUGAGUACAAGUAA